CGUCGUUGAACAAGUGCUUAGUUUAUGAACGUGUGAUAUUGUUGUAAAAACAUUACGAAUUGUUUAUUUAUGCAUAUAUGGUCUGUCCUAAUUUGCAUACAGUGUAAUAUAAAUAAUGGAAGAUACAAGAAAAAGAAAAAAUGAGAGGCACCCUCGUGAAAAUGCGAAUAUUUUCUCAAGUUUAUUCUUCUGUUGGACAAUCCCAACAUUUUUAAAGGGAUAUAAAAGAGACCUGGACGAAGAUGAUCUCUACGGAUCUUUAAAAGAUCACGAUUCGCAUAGGUUGGGAAUUAAAUUGGAAGACGCAUGGGUACAAGAAAAUAAAAUAGAUAAACCGUCUUUAACUAGAGCUAUUUGGAGAGUUUUUGGAAAAGAAAUUUGUUGUUAUGGUAUUGUAUUGUUUACUAUUGAGUUUGGAACCAAACUGGCUCAACCAUUGUUGUUGGCAAAAUUAAUGCAGUACUAUGUUCCAAAUCAAACAGUGUCCAAAAACGAUGCCAUCAUGUACGGGUCUUUGAUAAUACUAGCUUCAUUCAUCAACGCACUUCUUGGUCACAACUAUGCGAUGGGGAUUCAACAUCUAGGAAUGAAAAUACGAGUGGCCUGUACUUCACUGAUUUAUAAGAAGUCUCUUAGGAUAAGCAAAUCUGCAACAGUUGCAUUUAAUACUGGGAAAAUAAUAAAUAUGCUGGCAAACGAUCUUGGGAGAUUCGAUAACAUCUUUUUGAGUUUUCACAACAUUUGGGCAGCCCCGCUACAAAUUUUUCUCGUAACGUUUUUAUCAUACUAUUUGAUGGGAGUAUAUGCUUUAGCUGGAAUUAUCUUUUUUGUAUUAUUCAUUCCUGUUCAAAUUCUUCUGGGAAAGAAGACGUCUAAAUACCGACUUAAAACAGCUGUAAGGACUGACGAAAGAGUUCGACUUAUGAACGAAAUAGUUAGUGGAAUUCAAGUAAUUAAAAUGUACACUUGGGAAAAACCCUUUGAACAGUUGGCACAAUAUACAAGAAGAUUGGAAAUAAAACAAAUCCGAGCCGCAUCAAUGGUAAGGGCCAUAAAUGCAUCAGUCUCAAUGUUCUUAAACAGGAUUGCCCUUUACUUUGCCGUGCUAGCCUAUACUCUUGGAGGCAACGUGCUUCAAGCAUACUACGUUUUCGUCGUGACAUCAUUCUACAAUGUUUUAAAACAGCCGCUAGUGUUUCAUAUCCCUCAAGCCAUAUCUUCAUUAGCAGAGGCUUCUGUUUCUGUUAAGAGAAUAACAGACUUUUUACUGGUGGAAGAGACGGAAGUAGUACCAAAAACGGUUAAUCAUGAUGUUAAAACUGUAGGUAUUUUCUUUCACAUCGUCUCUGUUAGGUGGAACUUAACAGGAGAAGAAGUUUUGUCAGAUGUAAAUUUUAGCGCAAAGAAGAACGAACUUAUUGCCAUAGUAGGGCCUGUAGGUAGUGGGAAGUCGACUCUAUUUCAAGUCAUCCUAAAGGAAUUGCCCAUCACAAAGGGUACAUUGCACGUAAGUGGUAUAAUUUCAUAUGCUUCCCAAGAACCAUGGCUAUUCUCUGGAACCAUAAAAGAAAAUAUAUUGUUUGGUGAAGAAAUGAAUUUAACAAGAUACAAGGAAGUUUGCCGCGUGUGCGCCUUGGAAAAAGAUUUUUCAUUUUUACAAAAUGGAGAUGAAACAAUUGUCGGCGACAAAGGUAUCACCUUAAGCGGCGGCCAAAAAGCUAGAAUCAAUUUGGCCAGAGCGGUUUAUAAAAAUGCAGAGAUCUACUUGCUCGAUGACCCACUGUCCGCUGUAGAUAUGCACGUGGGUAAACAGUUGUACGAUAAUUGCAUUUUAGAUUUUUUAAGAGGCAAGUGUGUACUAUUAAUCACUCAUCAACUUCAAUAUCUCAGAAACGUGAACAGGAUUUAUGUGAUUAAAAACGGUGUGUUGGAUACUUGUGAAUCGUUUGAUCAAUUUGAUUCUGUUCAUAAUGAGGAAUCAGAUAACUAUAAAAACGACACUAAAGGUUUAGAGGAACCGCUAUUGUCACGAAAUAAUACAGAAACCAAGGAGCAUAAACAAAGUGGCACUAUACAAAGUAAUGUGUACAGAAAGUAUAUUAAAUUCGGAGGAGGUUACUCUACGGGAAUUUUAAUUAUAUCUCUUUUCAUCAUUGCACAAUUUUUAGCGAGUACUGUAGAUUACUUUUUAACAUACUGGGUAAAUUUGGAAGAGUCCAAAGUGAACAGGACUACUGAGGAGAUUGGAUUCCUUAAUGAUUUAUUUAUGUAUAGAGAUAAUUGUCUAUAUUUAUAUUCCUCGUUGAUAUGUUCGAUAAUACUUGCAACAAUUAUAAGAUCUACGUCGUUUAUGCAGGUUUGCAUGAACGCGUCAAAGAGGUUGUACUACAAUAUGUCAGCCAGCAUCUUAAACACCAACAUUAAAUUCUUCUAUACAAAUCCAGCUGGUAGGAUAUUGAACCGGUUUUCUAAAGACGUAGGAUUAAUUGAUGAAUUCUUACCUUUAGUUGUAUUGGAAACAUUGCAGGUUCUCUUCAAUGUAAUAUCGAUAACAGCGUUAGUGUCUAUAGUUAAUCCUUGGAUCCUAAUACCUACUGGUGUUGUACUAAUAAUAUUUUACUGGUUAAAAUCGUUUUUCCUGGCAAGCAGUCAAAAUUUAAAGAGAAUGGAAGCGACGGCAAGAAGUCCAGUUUUUUCUCACAUAAGCGAUUCCAUGAGAGGUGUAGCAACAAUUAGAGCACUGAACGCUGAGGAUUAUUUAGUUCGUGAAUUUGAGUUUAAACAAAAUUCUCAUAGUUCAGCGUUUUAUUUGUUUAUGGCUUGUAACAGGACUUUUGGAUUCUGGUUGGAUUUUAAUUGUGUGGUCUACACUGGAAUUGUAAUUAUGAGCCUUUUGUUAAUGCUAGAUAAAACAACUGGAGGAAAUGUUGGUUUAGCUAUUACUCAAAGCUUAUCUUUAGUUGGUAUGCUUCAGUUUGGUAUACGCCAGUGGAGUGAAAUGGAAAAUCAGAUGACUGCUGUAGAAAGAGCAGUGGAAUAUGCUGAAUUUAAACCAGAAGCUGAUACUAACAACGGCGAAAGAUCUGAAUUCAAAGAUUGGCUCAAGUUAGGUUGUAUCCAAUUCAAGAACGUUUCUUUAAAAUAUAAUCUACAAGAAUUAUCUGUUUUGAACAAUAUCAAUGUAACCAUUAAGGCUAAAGAAAAAGUUGGCAUAGUUGGAAGAACAGGUGCAGGAAAAUCAUCCCUGGUGGUAGCUCUACUUCGUUUAGUUAAUACGGAAGGAUCAGUAACAAUAGAUAAUAUCGACACAAAAACUAUUCCUUUGAAGUUGUUACGUUCGAAAAUAUCUAUAAUUCCUCAAGAUCCAGUCUUAUUUCAGGCAACUUUGCGCUGGAAUUUGGACCCCUUUGAUGAGUAUAAAGACGAUCAGUUGUGGGCCGCUCUUAAAGAAGUGCAGCUAGAUCGUUUAGUUGAAGAACAACCUGGUGGAUUAUACAGUAAGGUAUAUGAAAAUGGUUCUAAUUUCAGCGUAGGACAAAAGCAGUUGUUAUGUAUAGCCAGAGCGCUUGUACGGAAAAAUAAGAUUCUUAUUUUGGACGAGGCAACAUCUAGUGUCGACCCAGAAACUGAUACACUCAUUCAAAAUUCAAUAAGGGAUAAAUUUAGUGACUGCACUGUUUUAACGAUAGCCCACAGACUCCGGACUAUAAUGGAUUCCGACAAAAUAAUGGUGCUCGAGACAGGAUCUGUAGUUGAGUUUGACCAUCCGUAUAAUCUUUUGCAAAACAAAGAGUCGACAUUUUAUGAGCUGCUAACUACGACAGAGGAUUCAGACUUUUUAGAUUUAACGCGAAUUGCGGAACAGAACUUCAAGAAAAAUAACGGUAGCUGAUAAUAGGGUAACAGUUAGGUAAUGUUAAUCGCAUUGUAAAUAAAAAACAUUUAGUUGUAUCUCAAAUUUACUGAAAUAUAAGACAUUGCUACAUUGUAAUGUCAAAAAUA